UCAACAUUAACAUAACUCGUGGAGAAACCACUGAUCCCUUUGACCUCAUGUGCAUUUAAUUUGCUCGCAGCUCUUCCCCUACCGGCGAUUGCCCACGUGGGUCCUGUUAAUCUGACAGACUGCACAUGUUGACUGAUUUCUAUCAUGGGAAUAUCCGUGCCUGUUGCUGUCCUGCCGUGCCAGCUCGAGCCGUGUGUUCCCGGAGGAAAACAUCCCCCUCGUCAUACAGAUGAACCAAAAGGACACAUUUCAGAACUAUUCCAGAUGCAACAAGACGAAGCUUUAUGUGGAUAAGGAAGUAAACCAACAUUCUUUUUUUCACUUGAUCCUGUACAGUCUGAGGAGGUAGCUUAACUUAACCGGACAUCAGACAAUGUAGUGAUUUGCUUCCGGCUGCUUUCUUUCAACCGACUGCAGACAAGUCACCAAAGCUCACCUUUAGGUGCGCACCGGAGGGCGCAGCGCAGCAGAACCUGCUGAAACUUUGCUGAAAUGAUGCUCAACCUUCCCCUCCGUUCAUUGUUCCCAGUCGUCGCAGUGGCUGUUCUUACAGCUGCUAAAGUUGCUGAAAGUCAGAAGGUUUCUGUGGAAAUUGGGACAUCCUCCACCCCAUCGGCAGUUUAUCCCACCAUCAACUUUCAGGUCCUCAAUGUGGACCAUGUGUUUCUGAGGCAGGACAGUCCAGAGCCAUCAGGGAACUCCAGCCUGAAGUCUCAGACUUUUCUCAUCACUGGUAAAGGCGCUGGACUCCUCCAGCCAGCUGUCAACGCUUCAUACGGCCCCCUGACUGUGGAUGCCCCGAUUCCUCCAGACCUGCUCCUCAGUGGGCGCAGGAUCCUGCCAGUCAUUUUGGUCCGCCAGGUUCGUUCCUCAUUCCCUUUUGUCAAGAUUCUCUUCCACAUGCCCACAGAAAGUGACAUCACUGUUGGGCAAGAAAGGAUGAGGUCUGGAGAAGAUACGGCAAAGGCAAAGGAUGGAGCCCACUGUGUGACGGCUUAUGCCUUCUGGGAGACGAGGGAAGUUCGUGGGGCAUGUCUGGUGUCUCCAGGUGGAUUCUGUGUGGCACAGCUGAAGCCCGAACCUGCCUGGUUCAGCUCAGGCAGCCGAUCAAGCAGCUCUAGCAGGGAAGCAGGAAGAACCGAAGGAAUUAAAGGGCUUCAGGGGAAUCUUGUGGAGGUUUACUUUCAGAGUCAGAGGAAUCAGACAGGCCAGUGUACCCCGCAGGAUAGUCUGCAGCGUGUAGGAGUGGGAAGAGGAAGAGACUCUGGGGGAUCAGGUACCCCGAUGAGGCGGAUAGGAAGUGUCAAUCUGCUCAGAACUCCACCAGGGAACCCCACCUUUUUUCGACUGAGGCUGGGAGGCGCCGUGGUGAUCCAGACCUCUUCCAAGCCCCUGAAGGCCACAGAUGUUGCGACUUUCUAUGUCUUCCUGGCGAGCACAUCUACCCUGGAAAAUUUCACUCUAAGGGCAGCAGUAAAAACGGGCCUCUCAUUCAGUGGGGCGCGGCCCAGUGACUCAGCGCUUUGGGACAUCGUAGUGGAGCCUGGCAGAGGAGCGACUCCCAACGCUGUCUCCGUUGUCUGCAAGAAGAAGGUUGCUGUUACCACAAAGAGGGGUCUUCUGGAAGUUUUGCAACUGGACUUUGUGCCAAAAGAUGUUUCAGAGCAGGCUGAGAGUCAGACGAUCUCCUGGCGUCUGGAGUUGCCAGGGAACAUCAAGGAUGUGGGCAUAAUGCGGAUCUAUACAACUCAGAGAGACUAUGUGGGGCUGGCACCUCUGGUCAUGAACACCAAUAUCUUGAAUACUGCUGUGCUGACGGGGAAAACGGUGUCGGUACCUGUGAAAACUCUGGCUGUGGAGGCCGAUGGCUCAGUCAUUGAUGUGACCAACUACACCAACUGUAGGUCUACGGACGAGGAUGUUCUCAGGGUGUCGGAGCAAUGUGAAUAUGUGUAUGUAAACGGGAAGGAGACAAGAGGGAAGAGCAGGGUGAUGGUCAACUUUACAUACGGUUUCCUGAGUGCCCAGCUGGAGAUGAGUGUAUGGAUGCCUCGCCUGCCCUUGCUCAUCGAUGUGGCCGACCCCGAACUCAGCCAGAUAAAGGGCUGGAGAGUCCCGGUUACUACAGGCAACAGGAGGUCGACAUGGGACAGUGAGGAAGAGGAGGAGAUGAGGAAGGGCAGGGGUUGCAUGCUGCAGUACCAGCACUCUACACUCAGGGUGCUAACACCAUUCAUGGCCCAGACCGAUGCUGAGGCGCCAUCUGACCCGCUUACUGGUGCAGACCCUGUUGAGUACUUCCUGGGUCCUGACUGGCAGGUGGAUGUGACCAAUCUUGUACGCUCUUCUCUAAAAGUGGCAGAUCCUGAUGUAGCCAGGAUGCAGGAUGGGGUGGUGCUGCAGGGACGGGCUGUGGGCACUACUACUGUACAGGUGCUAUCCCCUCUGACAUCAUCGGCCCUGGCUGAGAGGAGCAUCAAGGUGCUGGAUGAUAAAGUGAGUGUGACAGAGCUGGGGGUGCAGUUGGUAUCUGGGCUCUCUCUGUCCCUGCAACUCAGCCCAGGGAGCACCAGGGCCAUCGUCGCAACAGCAACCACAAGGCAGAUGAUCACUCAGCUCAAACAGGAGGCAGUGGUCAGUUGCUGGGUUCAGUUCAGCGAUGGCGCAGUCACUCCACUGGAGCUGUUUGACCGCAGCAUCUACUCUCUGACAGUCUCUACCCCAGAUGAGGGGGUGGCCACGGUACGUCGCACCCCGCAGUCCACAUUUGUAGUAGCACAAGGUGAAGGUGAAGGCCAGGGGGCGCUAGUGAGAGUGGAGCUGAGGAUCUGUGAGGAAUGCCAGAAGUCCAAGAGGAAGAGCAAGUUGGCGGUGGGCACGGCGCGCCUCAGGAUCAACCUCCAGAGUAGCAGCAGAGUCGUGGCAGUAGAAGGUGGUGGUGGGGUUGGCACUGAUGUAAAUAAAGAUUUUGAUGGUGGUGCAUUAGAAUUGGUAGGUGAGCUUAAAACGACGGUGACAUCACAGCGUGCUGUCACAGAUGGGGAUAAAUGGCCGUUCAGAAGCACAGUACCUGACCAGCGGGAGUCCACCACUGCAGAAACUACCACCUCAACCACAUUAUCAACAACCUCUAUGAUUGAAACUACAACCAGAGCUAUGAGAGGUAAGACAUAUACUGUCAUUCCCACGACUGCCACUACAACUAUGAGCAAACCGAGCUUUAAUACACCACUGAGCACUGCCAGGCCUAUAGAUACAACAGUGGGUUUAGUUAGUAAAGGAGAAGGGCAGAAGAUAAGCUAUGGAAACAUGCUUGAUAACCCCAAUUCACCUCCUAACAAAAACAUUCCUAAAGCAGAGGUGACACCCAAGAAAGAGCCUCCCAAAUCUAAAACUCCGAAAGUAGUUGAGAGCGACCUCAUUAGGACAUUCAGAGCCAUGUUGGACAUGGAAAUCGGCAUGUAUGCUUUGGUGGGGGUCUCCUGUGUCGCUAUCUUGGCUUUUUUGCUCAACUGUGCUUCGUAUAACCUCUGUUUCCGGAAUCACAAGACCCCCCUACAGGCAGGCCCAGCACUCAUUGGGGACCCGAAGGAUCACAAGCAUGACUGGGUGUGGCUGGAGAGCAGCAACGAUGGCACACCCGGUCCAGGUGGCCCAGCUCAAGUGUCCACGCUAAAACGUGAGGCUCACCGCCCUCUGGAGUCCCGUCACUCCAUAGACACCAUCGACCAUCCCAGCCUGGAGGGCACCCUGCCCACUGUGAGCACCCCCGCUGUCCCCGAAAGAACUGCCACCCUGGGCCGCAGCAAAGCCAGCUCCCAACAGCAGCAGUUUAAGGUAAAGGCGAUCGACCCCAUGGCGAACCGUUCAGCCACCUUGCUGGCUAGGCCACAUCGCAACGAGCCGCUUCAUUCCCCCACCAGUAAGCGGAACCAGGUCCAGUUCACCACCUUCACCACGCUGGACAUCAAGCACUUGGCUGCACUGAAGAAGAAUGGUGUGGACUUAAACUGGGCCAACCAGCAGACGCAGCAACACCAGGCCCCUGCCGAGCCCCAGUUACCUUUACCUGACAUACCGUGGCCUGUAGUCAAACCUCUAGCAGAGCCCCAGUGAGUUAGUUAGGGUGUUUCUAUGUGUGUGUAUGAGUGUGAGUGAGUAAGAGAGAGAGAGAGAGCGAGAGAGAGAGAGAGAGGGAAUAAAAAGUGUACAUACACAGCAAGUUCUGGUGUAGAAUGUAUGAAGAAAAGAAGCUGGCUUUUGUUUGUUUUUUUGUUUUGAUAAAAGAUACAGUAAAUCACUUUAGAGGAUGUAUUUAUUGAGAUUAGAUAGAGGACAUUUUAUAUUAAACUAUGUGCUAAGUGAAGCCUGUAAAUACAUUAUGUAAUGGUGUACCCAUUAAGAGAAACAUAAGAGAUGCUGUGUUCAUUUUUGUAAGAUUAAAGGCCUGAUUUUUAUCCUCGAAAUGCAAGGUUCUUGUAUUUGAAAAAUAUGUGCUUUGCAGAUCGGAUGUUGUAAAUAUAAAUAUAUCUAUACUAUUACUUAUUUCUACAUUUCUAACUCAAAACAAAUGCAAUUUCAUCUCCUUUAACUUUUGUACGAUUUUGUUGCCCCCUUAGAAAAGGCUUCAGAUAUUGCUAGUUGUCAGGGUAAAUGCAGUAUGGGAGGGAUUAUUUCUUGUAAGUAAUUCUAUUCUUUUCCAGCCUUUUGUACUUUUUUUCUCAGAUGUGCAAUGCAAUUUGUCAGAGAAUAUGCAACAUUUAUCAAAUUAUUUUGAGCAAUCUGUCACUGCAGUCUUCACCGGAUAUUUAUUCAAAUCAAAUGCAUGCUAUGCAAAUAUAGUCUGUGCUGCGUUUGAGGUGGACAUUGUUUCUGAAUUUUUAACAAACUUACCUUGGGCUUCAGGCUUCUCCCUGGGGUCUGCUUCUACAAUUUGUAAAAAUGUCUAAUCUUGGUCUCUUGACACAGAGCAAUACAUAUUCAGCUGUACGAUUGUUCAUGUGUGAAAGAAAAAUGAUGAUGCCUUUUUCUAUGUAAUAUCCUCUUAUUUUGAAACCAAAAUGUGACGUGUAUUUCCUAUGAGACCCUAUCAAUAAAGAACAAAAGGA